AUGGCGACCCUUGUGAUCGCCGCGCUGGCCGUGAGCGCCGGCUCGGCUGCCGGACACGGAGGGAGGAGAUACGCCGCCGUCGACGACCUAUCCCCCGCAGGCGGCGGCGCCCUCGUACCGCGUUUCUUCGUCGACGAACCCAAACUCGCCGCCCGCGACGGCUCGCCUUGUCCUGCAAAUUCGCAUUCAUGCCUCGACAUCCGCUUCCCGGGCCAUUGCUGCGCCAACGAUCACUACUGCUACGUCAAGCCCGACGGCAACCCCUGGUGCUGCCAGAUCGGCUCGACGUGCGGCUCCGUCUGCACGUUCCCCAGGUACCUCUGCAUGACCACUCUCGUUGUGACGAUGACCCCGUCCCCGACGUCCGGCGGGUCACCGGCCUCGACCGUCGUCACCUCGACGACCACCUCGAGCGGCUGCUGCGGCCGUAGGUGCACGUCGACGAGCAACUUCCUCUGCCCGACGGACCUCGGCGGCGACUGCUGCGAGUACGGCAACACGUGCGCCUCGGACAACAAGUGCGUCAAGACGGUCUCCCAGUCCACUUCCAUGACGGGCGGGCUCACCCCCGUGGAUCCGGGCUGCACGGCCACGACACAGCACGCCUGCGAGGACGGCGGCGGGUGCUGCGACAACCUGAUGCACUGCACCGUCAGCUCCGGCACGGCGGCCUGCGCGCCGGGAAACCCGACGGCGGGCGUGGACUACAAUCCCGACGGGGAGAGCAGCGGAGGGCUUUCGUCGGGCGCCAAGAUUGGCAUCGGCGUGGGCGUGGCGGCGGUGGGCGUCAUAUUGUUGGCAUUCUUCACCUGGUUCUGUCUUGUCCGGCGAAGGCGACGCGCCGGCGCGAUGACGACGGCUUCUCAGCGGAGCGGGGGCGCGAGUCGUGUAAGCGGCGCAGGUGGAGGAGGAACAGCAACUUCGGAACGACCGGGACGGAGCGCGAGGGCCAUGUCGGAAGUGACAUCCGGCUCGAGACCGACCGCGCGCCGGUGGGCGACGCAGGACUACUUCGGCCCGGACGCCGUAGCGGGGCCGUACACGGAGACGGAGACGGUGGCGUCCGAUGAUGCCGCGGCUGCGGCCGCCGCCUCGACGCCCGGGAGGACGAGGGGCGUGCCGUUGCAGGCGCAUUCGCCGAGCGACGUCGUCGCGCCGGUGGAGAUCGACUCGCGGGUGAAGAGUGGGUUCGGGAGGAGCGCCGUGGCUCCUGUGCCGGAAGGAGUGGCGACGCCCCCGACGACGGAGGGACGGUUCGAGCUGUACGGGUCCGAGAUGCCCUCGCCGUCGCCGCCGAUGCCCUCGCCCCCGCUGAUGACGCCGCGGAGUGUGCAGAGCGCGAGGAGCGUGUCGAUGAUGGAGAGGUCACCGAUCGAUAGGUCGCCUGGUCCGGCUCCGAGUCCGGAACCGAGGAGGUGA